ACACGUUUACUGCGCUGCAUUCUGCUUCUCUGGAGCCGGACACGACAGGGCGCAGUCCCUCUUGGCAGACUGCUCUUCCGUUACGAGGUGCCUCGUUUCAACCGGAGACGUUUUUCUCAUUGGCGGGAGGGACUCCAGCAAAGGGUACGCGGUUGGAUUCAUUGAGCGCGCUCCCGCUGGAUAUUUUCCCGUCACACCCACUCCAUCUCGGGGCAGCCCAGGGAGCCUGGACCACUAGCUGAGCCAGUGCUGCAGUGAGCGCAGCGGGGGGACGCGGUAGCGCAUCGGCGCGGCGAACACACCAGAACCAGCGUCGUCAACUUGCACACGGAGACGGUUACAGCGUCACUGCGCACAUACAGAGUGCCGAUAUGGAUGAAUAUUUGCGGAGGGCUAAGCGUACGCUGGCGGAGGGGUCUGGGGUUCCUCUAGUCCAUGCAGUUCUUGGAGGACCAGUUCCUGAUGUGGACGUUGUGGCAUCAACACUGAGCUAUGCCUACUACCUCAAUCAGAGGGUGUCGUCAGAGUGUGUGUGUGUGCCGGUGCUGUGUGGGCGGCGAGGUGAGUUACCGGAGGGCACGGCGUGGUUCCUGCGCAGGGUGAGGGUAUGUGAGGCCUCUCUGUUGUGGAGAGAUGACAUCAACCUGCUGCAGCUCAACCACUCUGGGAAGCUGUCCCUCACCCUGCUGACCGACGGCCUGCUGGACAGCUCAGACUUCCAGGCGCUGGAGUCCAACAUCCUGCGAGUGGUCCAUCGCCACGGGCAACGGGAUGCUGAGGAGGGGGCAUCGUCCACGGCGACGCUGGUCGCCAGGGAGAUUCUUCAAGAAGCAGCGGAGCGUGUGGCAGGGCCGCUAGGGGAGGUGCUGGGAGAGGCCUUGAGGCUGGAGUCGGAGCGGCUGGGAGGUAAAGCAGGCCAGAGGUGGGCGGAGCUAGAGGACCUGCUGCGGAGCCUUGAAGAGAGGAGUGGCCACGCCCCCUGUCAUGUCAGGACAGGUCAAAGACAGGAAGAGGCGGAGCUUCAAGGUGAGGACAUGGACCAGCUGCUUUUGAGGGAUCUAAAGGAGUUCUCUGAUGGAGAGAUGACUGUGUCCUUCAGCACUGUGUCCUUCAGCACUGUGUCUGCAGACCUGGAGAACUGGGGCAAUCGAGUUGACCAGCUGAAGAUGUUUUGCCGUCGCCACGGUUACGAGAGCCUGGUGUUGUACUCGAGCGUGCUGGGUGGAGAUGACCACCAGGUGGCAGUGUUCUCCGUCAACACAGACAUCCUCAACCAGAUCUGCUGCAUGUUCGAGGAGUGUUCCAGCCCCUCUCUGGAGCUGGAGGCGAGAGACUGUCUGCAGGGCUGCCUGCAGCUCUACCACCUCCCCGCCCCCCCCGCAGGGCCUCCCCGCCCCCCCCGCAGGGCCUCCCCGCCCCCCCUGCAGGAGCUCCAAGCCCUGCUCCGCGGCUUCCUGGAGAGGAGGACCCACGUCCUGUCCUGCCACCCCAGCAGCAGGACCUCUUCCACGGAGGGAGUGGCUGGCAGCGCCCCCCUCUCCCAGGGCUCCUCCGGGGUCACCGAUAUGGACGGCUCGGACGCCGAGAGGGCCGAAGGCGCGGUCUCCACGGCGACGGUGGCCGGGGCGGACCUGGUGAGCCCGGACAGCGGCAUGGUGACCGUCCGCAGCAGCCGCUCGUCGAAAGAGAGCUCUGUGUUCCUCAGCGACGACAGCCCCGUCGCCGAGGCAACUGCGGCGGGGGGGGCGCUGCUCAACCCGUCCCUCCUGUCGCCCGUCCCGCCCGAGAGACGGCGCUCCAGCCGUAACCGUAGCGACAACCUCGACCUGUUCAGCUUCGACCCCCUGCACUGCAGCACCGCCUCCGUUCCACCGGGGGCAGCCUCCGCCGGGGGGAGAGCGGGGCGCGCAGAGAGCUCCAGCUUGUCCGAGUUUGAUGAGCUCAGCCUGGUGGAUUUCUCGACCCCGGGGUCAGGGGUCGGUGCGCAGGGCAACCUGGAGGACGGGGCUUCGUUGGCACAAGUCGAGGCGCAUGACCUCAUCGUCCCGCCCACGCCGGUGAACAGCCUUGUGGGUAGUUGUCCUCCCAACAGCGCGGGGGUGCAGUUCUUCCCUGAGGACGUGGCUGACAAGAUCGCCGACCUGCAGCGAGAGCAGGGCUGGCGGGGUGCGAGGGAGGAUGGGAGAGGCUCCUCCCACAACACCUGGAGCCAGGAGAAUGUCCUGGAAGGGAUGAGGGGCGGGGGGGAGAGCGGAGGAGGAGAGGGAGGAGAUGAAGACAUGGACAGACUGAGUCCCAAACCCCAGAGGAUUCUCCUGUCGGAGAAGAGGGAGUCAUCUGACAGCUGGAACGCCGACUCCGGCUUCACUGAGCCGUGGAACCCAGGAACCCUGGCAGACCUUCAGCUCACCCCUCCCGACGAGGAGAACGAGGAGCACAGAACCCGCCUCGGGAAAAGAGGCAGAACCCGUGUUCUUAAAGGAACAGAGACAGGAAGUAUGUUAGGGAGGAGGGAAACACUGACCACCCUGACCCCUGACACCUCAAGGGAGGAAGAGGAGUGGGGGGGGAGGAAGAUCGGGGGAGGGAGUGGCAGCAGGGAGGCGGAGCUAGACUUCUGGAGUUACUCCGCCCAGAAGGGCUUCCUGAAGUCUGACAGUGGGACCACCACUUCUUACCCAGAAUCCUUAGACAUGUGGAACAUGACCAUCCGCGACGACAGCCUAUCGCCUCUCACGACCCCGGACAUGACUGACCUAUCAGAGAGAGGGAACUCACUGGAGAGCCCGACGGGAUUGGCCGGGGACGGGAUGGACAUGUGGAACACCACCAUACAGGAAGACGUGGUCUCCACGGCAACUAGCCCGGAGGUGUCGGGCGCUGGGGGAGAAUACCUCCCGCGCAUGCAACCAUGGGGACAGGAAGUGACGAAACAGGAAGAGGAAAUGAAGUGCUAUGGACUGGAUGGGGUUUGGGGGGAGGCUGGGGGAGUACGGAUAGUGAUAGAAGAAGAAGAGGAAGACGGGUGGAGCGAAGCAGGAGAGACCAGCAGGACGGAGACACAGGAUCAGACGUGUCAAGAUAAAGACGCCUGCUCGAUGCCCGUCCCUCACAUGGUGACAUCCACGUCUGAGUACGACAACGUGGGCGACGGGGGCUGGACCCAGCCCCCCUCCCCGGACCCCGGGGCCAGCCCCGCACCCCUGAGCCAGGAGCUGGUGGAGGGCCAGUCCAGUCCCUUCGUAGCCGUGUUCCAACCCCAGACCAGAGGAACCGCUGGGACGCACUCUGAUCCACACACGGUCCUGUGUGAUUCUAGAUCUGAGAUGUUAGACUGCGAUGCGCUGACCCUCCAGGACUCCACCCACACGCAGAUCUUCCUGUUUGACACAGGUCACAUGACCACAAGUGGGCGAGGUGCAACGCCUGUGCGUCACUCGGAGGAGAGUGACUAUGGCAACAAGGAAGGGCAGGGCUCAGAGGGCCCUGAUUGGACCGAGGACUUGAGCAGCCACUCCCCAUUCGUUCUAGUGGACAGCUCUGCCCACACCCAGAGUGACGUGCUGCCUUUGAGCGGCAGGCAAGAUCCCACCUCCUCAGCCAAUCAGCUGUUAGAUAAGAGGGCUGUGGCCUCGGAGCCAGCUCAGACCACGCCCACUCCGUCUCCGAACCUUGACAACUGGGACCAAGUGCCGACCCCCACAACGACCACACCACCCGCUCACCCAGACCCUCCUCCCAGCACAGCACGGGGCGGGGAGGAUGGGGGGCCGGGUGCGGGUGGAGACGUGGAGGGAGCCAUCCUGGAGGCCAUGUCUCUGAGCUCCAGCUCAGGGGAGCGAGAUGGCCUCAAGCCCAGCCCGGACAGCCUCCCGCUGGGCAGCAACUCCGACGGAGACUCCUCUGGCCUGGAGAUGGACUACAUCAUGGUCUCUGGGACGGGGACUGUCAGGGAGAGCGAGGGAGAGAGGAGGGAUGAGGGGAGGGUUUAUCACAGGACGGGUAAUAUAGGGGGGAGAGAGGGAGGGAGGUCCUUGGAGACGUAUAGCAUGUUGACGUACGCCGCCACGCUGCUCCAGAUCAACGCUGCCUCGCGGAGAUGUCACCAGGAGAACGCAGAGCAGGACAGACACAACCAAACGAACACAGAGAUUUCCAAUCCACAACAUUUUGACAAAUGGGAGAAUGCUUCUGUCUCCACCCAUGCAGAUGGCGACAGCUCUGAUCAGGCCAAUACCACGGGAAUCAGUUCACGUCCAAACCCGGCCUCCAAUCUGACCAGACCUGAGCAGUCAAACCCUGAGAGCUGGUCCACAUCCAAUGCAGGCAGCAGAAAUUACGAGACGAAUGCUGAUAGAAUCUCUCCGACCAACGUGACCCCAGAGAUCAUCCUCAUCCCCGGCCAAUCAAACACAGACCCCGCAGGACUCCACCAAUCGGAAUCCAGAUUGUCGAAGGAGGAGAUCCGUGACAACCAAUCCGAAGUUGUUGGAAGGAGUAGCUCCUCCUCUUUCAGGUACCAAGCAGAGAACUUCCUGAAAACAAGAGAGGAAGUAUAUGUCCACUCUCAAAUCUCAUUGGAGGAUUCAGAUGAGGGAGGUCACUCACCCCCUGCCCCCUCCUUGGGGGUUCAGGAUAAUGGGGGCCAGUGUGCCCCUCUCCACACACCCCACUCCCCUUUCUUCACGGACAAUUCCCCAUCACCUUGUGCUGACAGCACCUUGAUUGGCAUGCCUGAGAGCCUAUCAGGAGGCUCUCCCAGGAAAGGGGUGGGACUGCCGUUCUCUAGGGACCUCAUGGCAGAGGAGGAAGAGGAGGGGCUUCGUUUGGACCCGGACAGCUGGAAUGUGGCAAAGGGAGGGGGGAAGGAGGCUAUGCAAAGCCCCCCCCAACCUGUUGGUAAGGGGCGGAGUCUGGAGAUCCACGGGGAGGCAAAUAAUUAUGACGGCCGUGUCUCACAGCCAAUGAGAGAUGAGUUCCUUCAGGGACCGGAUGAAUAUGGAAUGGGGCAGCCUAUGAGAGAGCAGCUUUCACUGAGACAGGAAGGACAGUCAACAGGACAGGAAGUGGAAGGCCCGACAGAGACUCAAUCAACCUACGAGAGGCCCACACACCCCGAGGACGGACCAAUCAUGGACAAGCAGGAACCGGACCAGGACAUCGAUGACUACAGACCAGAGCUCUCGGGGUGGUCCAGUGCCCACAGGAAGAAGCUGGCAGCCCCGCCCAUGAACGUGUCAUUGGACCGCAGCGAAGGCUCCGUCCAAUCGGACGAUGCCCUGGACACGCCCGUGGACGCCCUGGACACAGGGGACGAGCUGGACAUCAACCUGGACGAGCUGGACACCCCGGAUGAAGCUGACGAGAUGGAUCUGGAGGGCCACGGUGAUGAUGACAUGCAUGGUGAUGAUGACAUGCAUGGAGACUCCAAGCUGUCCAAUCAGGAUGGGAAAGGUGAGCAGGAGGACGCCAUCCCAGAAUACAGUGCGGCAGAGGAGCGUCAUGACAGCAGACUGUGGAGGACGGUCGUCAUGGGCGACCAGGAGCACCGCAUCAACAUGAAGAGCAUCGAACCCUACCAGAGAGUCAUCUCACAUGGGGGUUACUACGGAAACCAAAACGCAAUUAUUGUGUUUGCGGCAUGUUUUCUACCAGACAGCGACUGUGAUGACUACCACUCUGUCAUGGAGAACUUGUUCCUGUAUGUCAUUAGCACCCUGGAGCUGAUGGUGGCGGAGGACUACAUGAUAGUGUACCUGAAUGGGGCCACACCUCACAGGAAGAUGCCUGGACUGGGAUGGAUGAAGAAAUGCUACCAUAUGAUCAAUAGGAGGCUGAGGAAGAAUCUCAAGUCCUUCAUCAUUGUCCAUCCUUCCUGGUUCAUCAGAACAGUGCUGGGAAUCACUAGACCCUUUAUCAGUUCAAAGUUCAGCAGUAAGAUCAAGUAUGUGAGCAGCCUAGCGGAGCUGAGGGAGAUGAUCCCCAUGGACUACGUCUACAUCCCCCCCAGCAUCAUCAGGUAUGAAGAGGAGAGUGGUAUACGCUCAUCUACAGCUUGUUUACGACUGGAUGAAGAAUUACAAGACUCAAAAUCUAAAGCGGACAAAAGAACAAACGUUUGAAGGUGAUGACGUCUUUCUCUACUGACUGCUGUAGAUUAUCCAGAAGUUUCCUGCCAGCACACACCCAGACCCGCUGGCUGAUCGUGGCUUCGAUGGGCGUUGUGAUGGGCUCUUGAGAAGGGGCAAUGUCAUAGGUGGGAGGAUAUGCCUCUGCCUGACUGCCAGAGCGAAUUCUAGAAGUUUCUGAAUUCACUGUCUCCUAACAUGCUGUGCUCAUCUCCUCAAAGAUAAUGUAAAGCUCUUUCUCUCUGUUUGAUUUGGAAGUAUUGGUUGGAAAUCUAACAAGCAUGAUUUAAAGAGCUUCGUGGUAUAAUUGCAGUAAGCUCUGGGCUUAUUUUGUAUUUCCUCUUAAUACUGCUCUAUCAUAACAUCAAGUUAGACACAUUCCUAGAUUACUGCCAAGCUUCAUUCAGUACAUUGCUACAUAUGUGUGUGGAAGUGAGUGUACUGUCAAGUUUAUUUAAGGGAACAAGCAUUUAUAUUCUUUCAACUGUGAAAGAGACAUUUGUCUCAGUAAAAAACGGCUUCCCUUGUAGUUGUUUCUGACAUCCUUUGCGUCUGUCAGGAUGCCUGUGUGUGUGUGUCUGUGUGUGCGUGCGUGCGUCUGGGUGUGUGUGUGUGUGUGUGUAUAUAUAGAAGUUACUGGAAGCCCACAGUGCCUCACAUUAAGAUGAUUCGAAGGCUAUAUGACAUUAAAGGUAAAAUGUGUUCAUCAGUUAGCCAUAUCAAACUAAGAGCUGUGAAAGAGAAGAGCCAGUAACUUUACAUGUAAUUAAUCAUUUAUUUGUGCAUUAAUUCACAGUAAAAUAAUCAAGAUGUUCAGUAAAUACCAUCAGAACUA